UGAUUGGUGGAUUGAGGGGGGCGGUAACUAUACAUUCAGGAAGAGGUCCACGGACUGUCAACUCUGCUAGGAGCUAAUUAGCUUGCUAGGUGAAUCUGAUGAAAAAAAUAACUCCGUUUGGUCGUUAAAUCGUCGUUAAUCAUGUCUGCAAGAAACCCGGGCAUGCCCCUUGACCUGGAAUGGGUGUCCAAGGUGCGGGUGAACACCCAGGCCGUGCUGAAGAGAGCUCAGCAGAUCCAAGGACGCAAUAAGAACAAGAAACAGUGGCAGGCGGCGUGGCUGCUGCGGGCGGUGACCUGUAUUGACCUGACGACCCUGGCCGGUGACGACACGCCCGGCAACGUCCACCGGCUGUGUAUGAAGGCGACCCAGCCGGUACGCUACGACCUGCUGAAGAGCAUGGACAUGCAGGACAAAGGUGUGACUACCGCAGCGGUGUGCGUGUACCCGUCUCGUGUGGCUGAUGCUGUGAAGUCACUGAAAGCAGCCAACUCCAGCCUACCUGUCGCCUCAGUGGCGACCGGUUUCCCUGCAGGCCAGACCUCUCUGAAGACCAGGCUGGAGGAGGUCCGUAUGGCUGUAGAGGAUGGAGCUAUGGAGAUAGAUAUAGUCAUUAACAGGACUCUGGCCCUCACUGGACAGUGGGAAGCCAUGUAUGAGGAGGUGUGUCAGUUCAGAGAGGCCUGUGGGGAGGCUCACAUGAAGUCCAUCCUGGCUAUAGGAGAGCUGGGGACCUACACCAAUGUCUACAAGGCUAGUCUGGUGGCUAUGAUGGCUGGGUCGGACUUCAUCAAGACGUCAACAGGGAAGGAGUCUGUCAACGCUACCUACCCUGUCGCCAUAGUGAUGGUCAGAGCCAUCCGGGACUACUUCCUGAAGACUGGACAUAAGGUUGGUUUUAAGCCUGCUGGCGGGAUCCGUACAGCCAAGGAGUCAUUGGUGUGGCUGACUCUGAUGAAGGAAGAGCUGGGAGACGAGUGGCUGAGCCCUCGCCUCUUUAGACUGGGGGCUAGUAGCCUGCUGGCUGACAUAGAGAGACAGAUCUACCAUCACGUGACUGGUCGCUACGCAGCCUAUCACCAGAUGCCCAUGGCCUGAAACCACGGUUACCAUUUCCAAAGUGACCAAUCCGAAACCUCACCCGAACCAGCCUAUCGCUGUGCAGGUUUCUUACAGGUUUCCUGGAAGAUAUCUCUGUUGUUGGACUUGUCAGGAAUGUGUUCAUUUGAGAUGAUGACCAGAUCAGGUGAAGAAAAGAGAGAGCCUGACGUUUUACUGUGUACAGUACUACUGGUAUAUCUGGCGUUUUACUGUGUACAGUACUACUGGUAUAUCUGGCGUUUUACUGUGUACAGUACUACUGGUAUAUCUGGCGUUUUACUGUGUACAGUACUACUGGUAUAUCUGAUAUUUUACUGUGUACAGUACUACUGGUAUAUCUGAUAUUUUACUGUGUACAGUACUACUAGUAUAUCUGUCAUUUUACUGUGUACAGUACUACUGGUAUAUCUGAUAUUUUACUGUGUACAGUACUACUGGUAUAUCUGUCAUUUUACUGUGUACAGUGCUACUAGUAUAUCUGGUGUUUUACUGUGUACAGUACUACUGGUAUAUCUGAUAUUUUACUGUGUACAGUACUACUGGUAUAUCUGUCAUUUUACUGUGUACCAGACAUACAGUACUACUGGUACAUCUGACAUUAUACUGUGUACAGUACUACUAGUAUAUAUGUCAUUUUACUGUGUACCAGACAUACAGUACUACUGGUACAUCUGCCUCUUUGUGCCUUGAGACAGCUAGCCAGUAUGGUUUCAUCUAGUCCCCAUCCAAACAAUGUGAAACUAUGACGCUGUAUGAAUUGAGUGUUGAUGAGUCCGUCUUAAUGAACCAUUUUAAAAUUGUAGUUGUUUUGAGAGUACUAUAUUAUAGACGAUAUAAAACUCUUAAUUCAGUAUUUCUAUUACCGUUGUCGUUGUCAUGAAAGAUUGCCACCCAUUCUAAUCAUGUCUGUCUGGACAUUUUGUUGGGAGAUGUUGAAGUGUGAUUAAAGACCAUCAAACAUUA